GUGAAUAAAUAAAAACGGAAAAAUUAAGAGGGAAAGGGAUCAUAUUUGCGGAGCAGCCUGACCCGGUUAAAUGACCCAUGUCACAAUAAACCCAGGGAGGAUGUACUAACUUUCUUUCUUCUUCAAAUUAGUAGAACAAUUAUUAUUCAGCUAAGUGAAGCUUCCAAUUUGGUUAAUCAAUGAAGAAGCUUCUAGAAUUCGGGAGAAAAGCAAUGUUCUAUAUUAGGGUUCUCUCAGGUUAUGAAGAACGUAGAAUUCGAUCUUAUCGAUUACAGCUUCAACAACGUCUCCAAGAGUUUCACAAGUGGGGUCUGGGGAGGGCAGAGUGUACGCAAACCUCUGACUAAUUACACAAGAUACCUGCCACCUCCCAAGAACAACGGGUGUCAGGCGGAACAAAGGAAGGAAGAAGUAAGGAAGAUGCCUGAGCAGGUGAUUUUAUCAGAAGUCAGGCGCAUGGUGGAAGAGAUGCAAGCUUUAAAUAAGAAGCUAGAAGAUACCGAGAUGGCUAUAAAUGAGUAUUUCAAGCCAUUAGACCAGCAAGCAGAGGAAGUAGUGAAAAUGCAACUUAAGGGAGAUGAGAAAAGAAAAGAUGAGCUGAUUGAGGCUAUGCAGAGGCAAGCAAUUCUCGAGAUGGCUCAAGCAGAGAAACAGAAAAACAUGCGAAUGCUAAACACAAACAAACAUGUCCAAGAGAAAGCAUCCACUGAGACACUUAAUCAGAAGAAAGAUAAUUUUGUAGAGAACUAAGUUCAUUAAAUUGGUACUGUGCGAGUUCAUAUGGUUUGCUUCACUGAACGACAUUAUUUUGGCAAUGCAAGAAAGAGGAAUCAGGUACUGUCCUAAGCAUCUGAUGAGUUUGUAACAAUAAAGAAUGACAAGUCUCCAGAUGCGGAUAUAAGAUUUUGAGUUUAUGAGUUCUGAAUUCUAGAAAAGACAGCUUAUGGGUUCUUGAUAAAUUAUCUAUACAUAUUUGAGUGAAUUUUUAAGCAGCAAUACGAGGUGUAGAUCAAAGCUACUGGGUUCCAAACUCGUAGACAGCCUUGUAACUCCGCUCCUGCAGGCCCUCCUCAUUCAUUUUAUUAACACAUGCCAGUUUUGAUUUUGAGAUGUUUACUUUGUUCCUGUAGGAAGUUUUAUGUUGAGGUGUUCUGUUCCUGUAAAAAUAUUCUUGGGAUGAUUAGUUUCAUUAUGUGGAUUUUGUAGUUUCUUCUAAUUGAAAUCAUCUUGGUUGAAGGCCU